ACGUAGACAAGCUGGGUGGAGUUUCAGGCAACGGCACCCCAGUUCGGAGCGGAUAGGGAGGGGAGAGAAAAGUCGCUUUGGGCCUUUCCCCUGGUUUAAAACUUUAUUCUGUUGGAAAACUGUUAGAAAAAAACUUUUACGGACGUGACUUCAUCGCUCGAAGAGCCGUCGACGGGACAGCAGUGGGGCGCUCAGGACGUGUCCAACCCCCAACUUCAACAUCUGACUGGACAGUCUGUAACACAGUGGUUAUCUUCAGGUGUGGAGUGGGUGGCAGAGUGGAGCAGCAAUCAUGGUUGCCUUGUCAUUAAAAAUUGGUGUGGGGAAUGUGGUGAAAACGAUGCAGUUUGAACCCUCCACAAUGGUCUAUGAUGCCUGCCGCAUCAUCAGGGAAAGAGUUCCUGAGGCACAGCUUGGCCAGCCCAAUGACUAUGGGCUGUUUCUGUCUGACGAAGACCCAAAAAAAGGCAUCUGGCUGGAGGCUGGGAAGGCCCUGGACUACUAUAUGUUAAGGAAUGGGGACACCUUGGAAUACAAGAAGAAGCAGAGGCCUCUGAAAAUCCGCAUGUUAGAUGGCACAGUAAAGACUGUCAUGAUAGACGACUCCAAGAUCGUCAGUGACAUGCUCAUGACCAUCUGUGCUAGAAUAGGUAUAACAAAUUAUGAUGAGUACUCAUUGGUGCGAGACAUUGGUGAGGAAAAGAAAGAAGAAACCACAGGAACACUGAAAAGAGACAAGACUCUCCUAAGAGAUGACAAGAAGAUGGAGAAGUUGAAGCAGAAACUCCACACAGACGAUGAGUUGAACUGGUUGGACCAUGGGAGGACACUGAGGGAGCAGGGUGUGGAAGAGACAGAGAUGUUGCUGUUGAGAAGAAAGUUUUUCUACUCAGACCAGAAUGUGGACUCCAGAGACCCUGUUCAGCUUAACCUACUUUAUGUACAGGCUCGUGAUGACAUCCUGAAUGGAUCACAUCCAGUUUCAUUUGACAAAGCCUGUGAGUUUGCGGGCUACCAGUGCCAGAUUCAGUUUGGUGAUCACAAUGAGUCCAAACACAAGCCUGGAUUCUUAGAUUUAAAGGAGUUCCUGCCUAAGGAAUACAUUAAAAAUAAAGGGGAGAAAAAAAUCUUCCAGGCACAUAAAAACUGUCAGAACAUGACAGAGAUUGAGGCCAAAGUCAGCUAUGUGAAGCUGGCCAGGUCUUUGCAAACCUACGGCGUCUCGUUCUUCCUGGUUAAGGAAAAAAUGAAAGGCAAAAACAAACUGGUCCCUCGUUUGCUGGGAAUCACCAAGGAGAGCGUAAUGAGAGUAGAUGAGAAGACCAAGGAGGUCAUCCAGGAGUGGAGUCUGACAAACAUCAAACGCUGGGCUGCGUCACCCAAGAGCUUCACUUUGGACUUUGGAGACUACCAGGAUGGGUACUACUCUGUGCAAACCACAGAGGGAGAGCAGAUUGCCCAGCUUAUUGCUGGUUACAUUGAUAUCAUCCUCAAAAAGAAAAAAAGUAAGGACCACUUUGGCUUUGAUGGAGAUGAUGAAUCACCCAUGGAGGAGGACUCUGUGUCUCCCAAAAAGUCGACUGUAAUGCAGCAGCAGUUCAACAGGAUGGGCAAGGCAGAGACGGGCUGUGUUGCCCUGCCAGCCAUCAUGCGCUCAGGAGCUGGAGGUCCAGAGAGUUUCCAGAAGGGUUCCAUGCCCCAGGCCAAACAGCACAUUACCAGUGGGCAGAUGCACAGAGGACACAUGCCUCCUCUGACAUCAGCACAGCAAGCCCUAACUGGAACCAUCAACUCCAGCAUGCAGGCCGUCCAGGCGGCCCAGGCCUCUCUGGAUGAUUUUGAUACGCUGCCCCCAUUAGGAACAGAUGCUGCAUCCAAAGCCUGGCGCAAAAACAAGAUGGAUGAGUCCAAGCAUGAGAUCCAUUCCCAGGUGGAUGCCAUUACAGCAGGCACAGCAUCCAUGGUCAACCUCACAGCAGGUGAUCCAGCUGAGACGGACUAUACAGCGGUUGGCUGUGCAGUCACCACAAUCUCAUCCAACCUGACUGAGAUGUCAAAGGGUGUGAAACUACUGGCAGCCCUGAUGGAGGACGAAGGUGGAAACGGGCAGCAGCUGCUGGGUGCUGCCAAGAAUCUGGCCAGUGCUGUUUCUGACAUGCUGAAGACAGCUCAGCCGGCAAAUACAGAGCCUCGUCAAAACUUGUUGCAAGCUGCAGGAAAUGUUGGUCAAGCUAGUGGAGAACUCCUGUCUCACAUUGGCGAGACAGACACUAAUCCACAGUUCCAGGAUAUGUUGAUGCAGCUGGCAAAAGCUGUGGCUAAUGCUGCAGCAGCUCUGGUGCUCAAAGCUAAGAACGUGGCCCAGAAGACGGAGGACUCGGCCCAGCAGAACCGGGUUAUUGCAGCAGCUACACAGUGCGCUCUCUCCACGUCUCAGCUGGUCGCCUGCACCAGGGUGGUGGCUCCAACCAUUAGUUCCCCAGUGUGCCAGGAGCAGCUGAUAGAGGCAGGCAAGCUGGUGGCCAAGUCAGUAGAAGGAUGUAUGGAGGCCUCCCAGAUGGCCACCAACGACGAGGGUCUUCUAAAACAGGUUGGCCAGGCUGCCACAGGGGUCACUCAGGCCCUCAAUGAGCUGCUGCAGCACAUCAAGCAGUACGCCAGCGGAGGCCAUCCUAUUGGACGGCAUGGAGAGGCCACUGACUGCAUCCUGGAUGUUACUGAGAAGAUCUUUAAUGCAAUGGGAAAUGCUGGUGAGAUGGUUCGCCAGGCUCGUAUUCUUGCCCAGGCCACGUCUGAUCUUGUCAAUGCCAUCAAAAUGGAUGCAGAGGGAGAGUCUGAUCUGGAAAACUCCCGCAAGCUUCUCUCUGCAGCCAAACUUCUGGCUGAUGCCACUGCUAAAAUGGUGGAGGCUGCUAAGGGUGCAGCCGCCAAUCCUGACAGUGAGGAACAGCAGCAGAAACUGCGUGAAGCUGCAGAAGGCCUGCGGAUGGCCACCAAUGCUGCUGCCCAGAAUGCUAUCAAGAAGCGGCUCAUCAACAAUCUGGAGAAUGCUGCCAAACAAGCCGCAGCAGCUGCCACUCAGACGAUAGCUGCAGCCCAGCAUGCUGCCUCAUCCAACAAGAAUCAGGCUGCACAGCAACAGCUCGUCCAGAGCUGCAAGGUGGUGGCAGAGCAGAUCCCUCAGCUGGUUCAAGGAGUCCGAGGCAGCCAGUCUCAGCCUGACAGCCCCAGUGCCCAGCUUGCCCUCAUUGGUGCUAGUCAGAACUUCCUGCAGCCAGGAGCUAAGAUGGUAACAGCAUGUAAAGCCACUGUUCCAACCAUCAAUGACCAGGCAUCAGCCAUGCAACUCAGCCAAUGCGCUAAGAAUCUGGCCAGCGCCCUGGCAGAACUUCGCACUGCCUCACAGAAGGUAAAAGGUCAUGACCUCCACCUGAAUCAUUGUCUUCUGCCCCAUGUUGAUGGAUUACAGGAGACAUGA